AUGUCUUCAACGAAAUUAUUCAUCAUGUUGCCGGUUAUGCUUGCGGCGCGCAAGCUUGACGGAGAAGACCCCAAGGUUGUGAACUUGCUGAGAUUGGCUUACGGAGGAAUCCAAGCCUGUUGCGUACUACUCGUCUUAUUUACCUAUAUUCGGUCAACAGCAGCAGCACAGAAAGCGCAAGGAACGAUUUAUGUCCCCCCUCCGCCGCAGCCAUUCGCUGAUCCGAAUGGGAAAAAAAAGUACACCGAGGUAAAGUAUGGGACCCACCUAGUUUCGACAGCUCGGUCUCUCUUGGGAAGUACUCUUUUUGGGAUAUGUAUGACGGUGGGGCUACAUCUCUACAAGGGGAUGGUUGUGGGGUUAGCUAUCCAAACGAUUAUGGGACCAAUUAAUCUACUCGAGAAUCCUUUGGUAAAAGCGCUUGUCUUUGGCAAUGGUUUGCGUCGCGAAGACAAAAUAUUCAGUGAGAAAGCAGCAGCUGAGUUGACAGAUGCAGAUGAAAUUGUUGAUGAAUCUGGUAAUCCUGUCCCACGGCAGACUCGCGAAGGAAGAGUGUCUGCUAGCUUCGAAGAUCUCUUGUUGGACACUUGGGAUGCGGGGAACAAAGCUGAUGUUGGCAAGCUCCUGGCUGCAGUCAACAAGCAGAAUUGCAAUUUCAAAACAAGUGAGAGUAGCUGGACUCCACUCAUGGUUCUUUCCGGACUGAACGCAUCGGGUGUCCGUGAUGCAAUUCGGCAGCUGAUUGAAAUCGGUGCAGAUCCAAGAAUCGUUGAUGGCGAAGGAUGGAACUCUCUACACUGGGCAGCCUUUCACGGCUCUGUAGAAGCGGCCAGAGAGCUAGUGAAAGAUGAAUCCCUUAUAUCUGUGAAGGACAAAGAUGGCAAAGUGCCGCUCGAAAUGGCCAAGUCAGAAGGCAACACAGACGUUGCGAAGUUUCUUGAAGCCUCUAGGAACACGGAAACUACCGGGACUAAUGAGACGUCUACUGGAUUGCGUAAACGAAAGUAA